ACGACAGGAGCCACAGAGGCUCCUUGGAGUGAAAGUGGGAGAAACGGGAGGGAGGCAGCUGUAUUGUUUUGGAGGCUUUGGACAUCAGGCUGUUUCUCCCCAUCAACAUUCCCAGAGUCUGUGUGUAUCUGGAAGUGAGGUCAAGCACGCUGGACCCCAAGAAUCUGAAUGCAGCAGGGAGAAGGGGAUCAUCAUACCAUGGCCGUGAACCUUGGCUCCCCGAGGUUCACUCAGCCAAAAAGCAAUGACAGCCAGGCUGCCAGUAGAAGUGGGAGCUGCUUUCUUGUCAGGCACACCCCUCAUCCCAGGAGAGUCUGCCACAUCAAAGGCUUGAAUAACAUUCCAAUCUGUACUGUGAAGGAUGAUGAGACCACACUCAGGACGUUGCAGCAAGGUGGCCAGCUCAGCCACCUGGAGAAGAAUGGCACCCCACCUGCAAAAGGCAGCUACCGACCCAGCCCCGUGGCCCCAGAGAGCCCUGUCCGAGCAGUGUCACCAGCCCCACACAGUGUCAAGAUGCCCCCACGGCCACACUCUGAGCCCAGUAGAAAAUUCACCGAGUGCUUCAAAACUUCCAGUGACAAUCCCUUCCUAAUAAAAACGGAAGAAUUUGAGGCCAAGAGGCCACCAUCACCUCCAAAGGCAAGGUCUACUGCUGGCUCCUGCUCUUCAGAGAGACCCCUACCCAGGCCUGAUGUCAAAGAGAAGACUGUGUGCAUACCGAAUUACCUGGAACAGGAAAUAAAAAUCCUGGCAAAGCUCUGUGACAUUGUACGCACUGAUUCCCUGGCAGAAGUUCUGCAGUGGCUGCUUCACGCAAGUACAAAAGAAAAAGAAUGGGUCUCGGCUUUGGUUCACUCGGAGCUGGCUGAGACAAACUUCUUAACUUGCCGCAGAAGGAACUUGGCAGUGGAACCAACAGUGGAGAUUGGGAAGCCAUCCAAAGCUAAAUCUCCUACUGUUGUCAAAUCUCCUGCAAACUCACCUGCAGGAUCAAAAGUGCUGGCAGAAGAGAGGGAACCAGCCAGAGUGUCAAGUCAAGGAUCAGAAGGAAAUAAGGAAUUACCAAAAGGGGCUGAGCACAAGCCCCCACUGUUUAUAAGAAGCCGCAAGAUGAACAUACCUGCUACAGAGUACUUCAGCAAGCCACAGUCUCCUCUCAGGCCUAACACUUGGGACUGCAGGUCAGCGAAGUCAGCGUCAGCAAGGAGCGUGCAACAAGGACUUAAUCGCUGUUCUCCAAGUCUGUCUUACCCUUUAACACACUAAAGGCAGAAACUUUAGGCGAGUCCCGUUCUGCCACACGAGCUGCACUCUGUUACGUCAAACCGCUCUUUAAAAGAAUUGAGUGGUCUUCAUUCUGGCGGCACAUACAGAUUUCAAAACACCCGUGUAUGACCUAAAAAUAAAUAUUACUG